AUGGAGACAAACGAUUGUCAAGUUAAUUCGACGAGGUCUGGUCAUGGGAAGAAACACGAACACCACCCAGAGGCGAAUGAGAAGGAGGAGGAGGAGGAGGAGGAGGAGGAGGAAGCCCACCCACUGGCAAAAACUAUGUACCCGAGUCCAUCGCAGGCUUCAACACAGCAGAGUGCAAUG